AUGAGAUUGAGACCUACAACUUUCAUUAUAUUCUUUUUACUGAUUGUGACGAUUUCCACAAUAAUAUAUGGCCACAUACCGAUAAUACAACGACACGAUGCUAACCGGCUAACUCCAAAUAUAUAUAGAAAAGGCGACGAUGUCGAAUUGAUCGUCAAUAAAAUCGAAUCAGAUCUUACAAAACUCCCGUAUGGAUAUUAUGAUCUGCCGUUCAUUUGCCCUCCAACAAACCAAAGAAAACCACUGCAUAUGUCUCUAACUGAAAUUUUGCGUGGUGAUCGUAAGUGGCAAAGUGAUUAUAGUCUAACUUUCGGUAAGGAUAAUGAUUGUGCCGUAUUAUGUGCACGAAAAACAACGCCAGAAGGCAUCCAGAAAGCUAUAAAUUUGGUUAAGAAAGACUAUAUUGUACAAUGGUCCAUUGACAAUGAUUUACCUGCCUCUACGACGUUCAUCUCGACCUCUGAAAACAGAAAAUACUACAUUCCAGGGUUUUCCCUAGGGUUUGUUGAUCCAGACACUGAGACGGCAUAUCUUAAUAACCAUGUCAUGCUUGUUAUUAGAUAUCAUGCCAUUGAUGACGAACAUUUCACAAUAGUAGGUUUAGAAGUUUAUCCAAAAUCUGUUUCAGAUUAUCAUUGCCCUGGUGCUUCAAGAAACUACGAACAAUUUGAGCUAGUUGCUAAUGAUGAUGAGGAAGUUACAUACAUCCCAUUCACUUACUCAGUGUAUUGGAGAGAAGAAUUUGAUGUAGAAUGGAAAGAUCGGUACAGUUUUUUCUCAAAUAGUGGCGAACUCUCAAAAGAAAUAACAGAUAAAUUUCGUUGGAUUUUGCUUGCAAAUUCAAGUGGACUGGCCCUCUUUAUAUCGAUGAUCGUAAGUGUCAUUUUUCUCAGAAUCUCCAAGAAGAAUAAGAAUGAAAACAGUGCAAUUGAGUCGAAAAAGGGCUCCAUGGACGUUAUCGCAAGAAAAUGGCUCCGUAAUGAUAGAACCAUUCAUUUCAAUUUUUUAAUUGUGCUUGUUUCUUUUGGUGUCCAUUUUGCUUUUACUUUGCUAGGAUCUUUAGCUAUUUCAUGUUCACUACAAAAAUUCGACAAUAUAAGAAAUUCAGUGCUAACUUUGGUGCUAUUAUUUUUUGUUUUAGGUGGAUUUAUGGCUUCCUUCGUGGGUACUUGUUUGAUAAUGCAAAAAAAUAAAACCAUGUACAAAGGUUCACUGAAAAGGUUACAUUACAGUCCACUUUUUGCCAUGUGCUGUGGUUCAUUAUUACCGGCAGUCAUUAUGAUAAUAACGAUAUUUUUGAACAACAUUGUAUGGGCACAUGGUUCUUCGCGUGCUUUACCAUUAAAAACGAUUUUGUUCCUCAUUUCAAUCUAUUUUAUAGUUUGCAUUCCCUUAAGUUUACUAGGUGGCUCAUAUGCAUCUGAUAUAUGCCAAAAAAGGACCUUACGAGCAUUCUCAUCUCCUGCACAGCAAAAAUUGGCAGUCACUAACAGCAAUUUAGCUAGAACAAUCAAAUCAAUCUUUGAUGAUCCAUUUUCCGGGCUAUUAGCCUCCAUUGGUGGAUUGUUUCCAUUUUUCAUAAUAUAUGUUGAGUUACAACAUGUUUACAAAUUUGUCUGGCUUGAAAAAGCAUCAUUUUACUAUCUUCGCUGGUUUCUGUUUGCUAACAUUAUAAUACUAUGUAUUGUUGUUGUUGAAAUUGCCAUAAUUUCAGCUUACAUUAUGAUGCAUUCAUCUAGAUCCAGCCUAGAAAAUUCAUGGAGAUGGAGAUCAUUCCAAAUAUCCAGUAGUUGUGCAUGGUAUAUGGAGCUUUACUCAUUAUACUAUAUCUUUUACGUUUUAAACACGACAGGAUUUUCUUCAAUCCUUCUCUCAGUUUGUUCCAGUGCUCUAUUCAAUGGACUGUGCGGUUGUGCGUUAGGAUCGAUAGGAUAUCUAGCGACUUGCUGGUUUGUUGGGAGGGUGUAUAAAUUGGGCAACUUUAAUAGACAAUGA